AUGUGGCUCGCUACCGAUACGACGCACAACACCAAGUGCCGAGUUAAGCGAGCUCCAGCUCCUAGAUGCGCAUCAUGGUCAGCAGUGGACACUUCCCUUUUUAGCAGGUCGUCAAGAUCCGCCACCCAGCGAGGGCCGGCGAUUCGGCACAAGCGUAGUGCGCCGUGUGGAGUUGGUGCUGACGGACUGGGCACACGGUCGAACGGGACCUUUGAAUGGGGGGUCUCGAACGACGCGGACAGAAUCGAGCGCGUGCGACAGCUUUCGGUCAAUGCUUUGGGAGAAUGGAUGGGCGAUGCGACCCUAGCCUAA